AUGGCGCAGUGGGGAGCGCGAAGGCCGCGAUCGACGCCAUCAGCCGGCGGCGGCGGCGGCGGGCGCGUCGCGCACGCUCGCGACGCGAAGGUCGUCACGCUCGUGGACGACUACGAGGAUCGCAAGACCGGAGCCGUCGGAUUGACGCGCGAUCAGCGCGUCUCGCUCGAGUUCAAGCCGUUCGAUAGCCAGACCUAUCUGCAUCUCCGCAAUAGGCGCAUGGCGGUUCUCUCCAAGGCCGCGAUUCACGGCGCCGGCCUCGGUAGCGUCGGGAGUGUCGCCUCUCGGAGCUAUAGCGAGGACGACUGGGAAGACUAUGAUCCCGAAAACGAAUAUGCGUAUAACGAGUACGGCGAUAGUGAGGGCAGCGGCGAGGACUCUCCGAGGCGAGGCGGCGCGAGGCGGCCGCGCGAGCCGGAGCUGUACGACGCGAUUCGGCAUCCCCUGAGCGAAGCCUUCGACGCGGUUCGCGAGAAGCUCGAGCGCCGCGCGCUGAUGGUCGGCGGAGGCGGAGGCGGAGGCGGAGGCACGGGAGGGGGAGGGCGCGCGCAGGGGGGAGUGGAGCGGGUGAAGCUUCUGGUGCGGCUGGGGAAGCUUCUCUUCUCCGUGCAGGGCAGGCCGGAUCUCAGCGCAACCCUGACCAACAUCACGCCCUUCUCAGCCAAGACAUUCGAAGACCACAUGAACGAGCAUGCACCGUUUGCGAAGCAGGUGUACCGGACCUAUGAGAGCCACCUCCCGGAGAGUGCAUAUCAGCAGGUGAAGGACAUGCUGCUGGGGGAUGGCCAGGUGGCGCACUCGCUGGGGGAGAAAUACAACAUUCAGGUGGUGGACACGAGGGAGCACAUCGUGUACAAGGCAGUCUGCAGGCACAGCCCUCAGGAGCAGCGCUUGACCGUGAAAAAGGUGAAGAAGCCACCUGUGCGCCAUGCACUGUUUGACAUUGCACGCCCUGACAAAGUCGUGGACGCGCGCUUGAUCCUCGUCACCGAGACGCACUUGACGACACUGGAUCUCCUUCUACCCCCCCCUAACCCGCCCUCCCUUCCCUCCUUCCACUCUCAGGAUGAGCUAGAAGUGGCGCUAGAGAGCAUUCUUGAGGCCACGAAGAUCAAUCCCCAGAGCCCAGCAGGACUGCGCAUCCCAUCUCACAUGACAGAAGCCCAUGGAAGCUCUGAUACCACCAGUAGGCGCGAUGCUGGUGGUGGUGGUAGCAGGGACUAUGGUGGCACGACUAGCAGGGGCUAUAGUGGUGGUGCGACCAGUGGGAGAUCUGCUGGUGCUGGGAGCAGCAACAGGUUUGUGGUGCGAGCGGUGCGGCACGCCACGACGAGGCGGGCAGAGGGGAGAGGGCGGGUGUGGAAGCUGUCCCGUGUGGAUGGGGUUGAGUUCAAGGAGGGGGGUGGGCGGCAGACCAAUGAAAUCGAGUUCUGCCCGGUUGCAUGGCAGCAGGAGCUUAAGGGUGGCCCUGAUGGGCAUGCCAGCCCCAGGGGGCAGCAGCAGCCCCCCACGUGGACCACAGAGGAGAUCAUGGCGGAAUGCCCUGGAUUGUUGUCGUGGCUCAGCAAGAACCUUCCAUGA